AUUUUCAAUUUGGAAACCCUUAAACGGGAAUAGUGUAGCAGUGGAAAUCACAGAAAAGUUCGGACUUCUAUCUCGCGGAGGAGAUCAUUCUCAACGACAAUGAACAAGAAGGAGGUAUUUAAAUUGGCGAAGGGAUUUCGCGGCAGAGCGAAGAAUUGUAUAAGGAUAGCGAGGGAGAGAGUGGAGAAGGCGCUUCAGUAUUCGUACAGAGACCGCCGCAACAAGAAGCGUGAUAUGCGUUCGCUUUGGAUCCAGCGAAUCAACGCCGGCACUCGCCAGCACGGGGUGAAUUAUGGGAAUUUUAUGCAUGGACUGAUGAAGGAGAACAUUCAACUAAACCGGAAAGUCCUGUCGGAGAUAUCUAUGCACGAGCCCUACAGCUUCAAGGCACUGGUUGACAUCUCGCAGAAAGCUUUCCCGGGAAACAGGGCAGCAUUACCUUCUCACAAAAAGGAAGGCCUUGCAAUUCUUGUCUGAAUUCUGUCGUUGCAAUUCUUGUUUUACCAUCGUACGUCCAGCGCCAAAAAUUUUACAGCUAUACUCGUCGUUAAUCUGAGCUCCACCUUUUUAAUCUAA